CGUGCCCGGCGGCUCCGGAGCGUAUUGAUCCGGCUCUGCAGAACGCGCAUGCGCACAGCACAUUGACCGGAUAUGGCCGCUCACCUGCCGCUGUGUUGUUCUCCGGUGCAGCCUCAGACAUGGAGGAGACUCCGCCGGCACAUGUGAGGUACGAGGACGUGUCGGGACUCUAACGUUGCACAUGUCCUGAACAUGGCAGCGGCUCUCCGGACAGCGGCUCUUUUUGUUUUGUACCUGUGGAGCGUCUUCAGCCGCACCGCAGGUCUCGGGGUCAAUGAGCUCUUGUACUUCCGGGUCAUCAGCCCAGAGGAGAUCGGCUACAUCUUCAGUGCUGCACCCGCUAAAGACUUUGGAGGAGAUUUUACAUCUUCCUAUGAUGAGAUUUUCCUGGUGCCUGCAGACCCGGCGGACGGCUGCUCCGACCUAAAGGACAGAGACAUCAUUUGGGGACAAGUGAUCCUGGUUGAAAGAGGUGGUUGCUCCUUUGUACAAAAGGCCCGUUAUGUGGAGGAAGCAGGAGGUAAAGCUGUUCUAAUAGCUGAUAAUGCAGUGGACAACGAUAGUCAGUACCUUGAUAUGAUCACUGAUGGGACCACGGCCAAACCCAACAUACCUGCUCUGUUUCUACUGGGACGUGAUGGAAUGAUGAUCAGACGAACUCUUGAGAGACAAGAGCUGCCGUGGGCUGUCAUUUCCAUCCCUGUCAACGUUUCGUCUUUGGCCUCAUUCCCUCUGAAGCAGCCACCAUGGACACUGUGGCGUGAUGUGUCCUGGAUGACUCGGCCCCAUUUGAUGCCCAGUGGCUUCAUUUCCAAGUGGAUAAUAAAAACAAAACCCACGGUGGGGGAUGUUGCUCUGUGAAUACACAGCAGCUGACAAAAAAAACAGUGAGGACAGGUUCAGGGUUUCAUGGGAGAUGUUGGAAAUGUUUCAUCAGCCACUCGGCACAUCCGUAAACUGUAAUCAACACCUUAUUGUUUCAUAUGUUGUGAAAUCACAGGGAACAAAUUACAGAUGUUAUUCCACAAAGAAAUGAUGGAAAUAAGGCUAGAAAUGAAGUGUAUCAUAUGGAGUAUUUGUUAUUUGUAAUGCCACAUAUUUAAAAAAGGAGGUUAUCAAUGAACCUCAUUUUCAGCUGAGACGUGUUGAUUUU